UGCUGGGAUUACAGGCGUGAGCCACCUAGCCCGGCAACAGUCUAGUUCUUAAGUAUGUUAGUCAGCUUUUUGUGUGACUGUAUUUAUGGAAACUGAAGGUUAUUAUAAUACUUUAAAAUACUGUUGUGAAGUGACAAAAGAAAAUAGCAAGUUAUAUGUUAUGGGGAAAAUUAUUUGAAAUGUCAUGUGUUGAUUAAUGUUGUAACUUCAUUUGGAGCAAUGUUAUCAGGAAUAUGUUGCUGUUCUACUGUAGUGAGCAUAGAAAUUGUAUUGCUACAGGCUAGGCGCGGUGGCUCAUGCCUGUAAUCCCAGCACUUUGGGAGGCCGAGGCGGGUGCAUCACGAGGUCAAGAGAUCGAGACCAUCUGGUCAACAUGGUGAAACCCUGUCUCUACUAAAAAUACAAAAAAUUAGCUGGGCAUGGUGGCGCAUGCCUGUAAUCCCAGCUACUCGGGAGGCUGAGGAAGGAGAAUUGCCUGAACCCAGGAGGCGGAGGUUGCUGUGAGCCGAGAUCGCGUCAUUGCACUCCAGCCUGGGUAACAAGAGUGAAACUCCAUCUCAAAAAAAAAGAAAUUGUAUUGCUGCAUUUUAAAACUUAAUGAAAGAACUCUUAUCAUUAUAUACCUAACUGUUCUGUGUAUAUUUUUAAAGAAUUAUUCUUGAAAAUGUUUUUCAAAAUUUAGAAAUAUGUGACGUGAGAGGUCAGCCUGUACAAUCAUUCCCUUUCAAAGAUCCUGACAUCUGCAGAAGCAGAGAUCAUAUUUUUAGUAAUAAUAGAGUAAGGAAUAGAGUUUGAUGCCUGGACUCCAUUCAGCAUCCCUAAAUAAUCAAUUAAUACAUUUAUUUUCAAAAUAUUCACUAAAUGUUUUACUUUCAAUUAGAGACUAUAAAUAAAAGCUAAAAAUGUUACUGUCUAAUGGGAAAGAAAAUAUAUAUAAGAGUUACCUGAAAGGCAAAAUACAAGUGCUGACAUUAUGGAAAGUGGAAUUAGAGCUCUGAAAAUUGCUGUAUGAAAAUGUUUGAUAUGAAAGUUGAUUAAAAAUGUCAAGUCAGUUAAGAUUUCAGAUUCAGUUAGCAUGAAGCUUCAGAAAGAUAGGUGAUUCCAGAGCUCAGUUCUAAAAAUAUUCCAGAAGAAUGAAGUUAGGCAUAAAGAUCAUUUAGAAGGGUCUGGGUUAGCUUUGACUGUCUGGUACCUGUGUUGUACUCUACCAAAACUUGUUCCUCUAUUAAAAUAAACAUUUUCUGGGGUAAGACCUAAAAGCUAGGUGAAAUUCCAUCUUCCUCUCCACAGAUUUUGGAGAUAACACUAAGUUGGGUACCUGUUGUUAGUGAAUUAGGAAAUUGUAUUGAUGUAUCUCAAAACUUAAUGAGAGAAUAACUGGUACUAUUAUAUAUAUCUAACUGUUCUAUGUUUUUAAAAUUACUCUUGAAGAUAUAUUCCUUUUAAAAUUUGAGCAUAGUUAUUUAAACAUUAGCUAAUACACAGAAGCAUAAACUUUUAGAAAUAUAUUAUGAUAAACUUCUCAGUUUUAAAGUUUUAAACUCUUGGUCAGUUAAGUUUGUUUUAUUUAUCCAGUCUUUUAUCUUUUACUCCAGCCUCAGUCACCAACACAGAAAACACAUGCCACUUCUUUUAACUUGGGAAGGGUUUUUAAUUCAUUUUUAAAAACACUAUACCACCAGGUUGCCUAUGGACUUUGUGUUAUACAUUCAUUGCAAAAAUGUUGAGGCCCAUGGGUGAAAAGUGUUGGUAGAGAUUUGGAUGUAGAUUCUUUCAUGACUGCAAGUCAUCAUGUGACCUAGUGUUCACAUAUGAUCUUUGAAUGUUUUCCAGAGUCUCUCUCUGUUCUAUGUAUUUGAAAGUCAAUAGGAAUUAACCAAAGAAAGUCACCAUUAAAGUAGGUUCAACCAAAAUGCAAGUUUCUUACAACUAACAUUUUUUGAGGACUAAUAUAUGCCAGGUUCUCUAAUGCUUUGCAUGUAUAAACUUUUACUUAAUCUUUUUAAACUUGAAGUACUUGAAUUCUUUCUUCAUUUACAGAUAAGGAAACGAAGGCUCAGAGCCUAUGUGACUUACUUAAGGUUGCAUAGCUAAUAAGUCAAGAAGCAACAUUUAUGAAAUUCUAACCACUUUGCUGAAAUGUCUCUAUAUCCAAUAGACUAGCCAAUGCUAAGACACACAGAAUAGCUUACACUUUAUUUCUUCUUACUUAAGGUUGCAUAGCUAAUAAGUCAAGAAGCAACAUUUAUGAAAUUCUAACCACUUUGCUGAAAUGUCUCUAUAUCCAAUAGACUAGCCAAUGCUAAGACACACAGAAUAGCUUACACUUUAUUUCAAUUUAUUAUCAAUUAAAGCACAUUUCAGUUUUCAAACAUGACUUUAUUUGGUAUAUUAAAAUCUUAAAUGAAAAAGAUUUUUUUUUCUUGUACCAUUCUCUGGAUUCAGUUUCGUCAUCAUUAAAUUAUCUUUUCAGAUUCAUACUUAAAGUCUUCAUUACUACAGUCCUUAUAUUUAUUUUUCCCCAUUUGUAAAUGUAUACUUUUUCUUCUUGCCAAAUAGUCAAUCGAAAAAAUAUUAUUUGAACUUGCAUUAUCAUUUAAAAAGUAACAGCAAAUUUGCAUUUCACCAUGAUUUAAAGUAGCACUGUCCAGUUAGACUUUCUGUGAUAAUGAAGUGUUCUCUACCUGUGCUGUUCACUGUAGCUACUAGCCACAUGUCUAGUGAGCACUGUAAAUGUGCCUAGUACCACUGAGAAACUGUAUUUUCAACUUACACGUGGGUAAUUAGUGUUUGGUAUAUUGGACAACACAGGUUUAGAACAUAGUUGUUUUUGCAUUUAAUAAAAAUGCCAACCCAUCUUUCUGUCAUCUUGGUUAUUUGUGAAUCCUUACAAGUGUGUGUAGAUGAAAGGAAUGUUGGAUUUAUCUUUUCUGGUUUCUUCAGCAUUUCCUUGGAAUAAGCAUUUAUAAACUUAGUGAACAAAUUAUUAUAGUUCAAUAAUUUGUGUAUAAUUUAUUAACUACAAAGUUAAAUUCUUUCUGGGGCUGUACUAGAAUUAAAAUUUUAUGUUAAUAAUCUCAGUGAAUAUUCUCUUAUUGGAAAAAUUUUUAUAGAUUUAAAUGUUGAUGAACACCAAACUUAGUGGUUUUUUCUUAUAUCUUAUAUCUUUGCACCUUUCAAUUAUCAAAGGAAAAUUAGUAUCAGAUAUUUGUUCCAAUUCAGUAGAAUGCAGAAGUACUUGGGAAGUCUUUCUUGGGUGUAAGACAAGUAAAGUCAAAACAAUCAGUUAUGCAGUUUUGAUGAUAAAUACAUAUGAUCUCAUCUAAUUCCAUGAUUCUGUGAUUCUGUUGGUACAGAUUGUCUACUGUAUUAAAUUAUCUCAUUCAGGAACCACUUUUCCUAUUCUCCUCCUCAGUGUCCUUCACUUAGGCUGUAGACAGAUUGUUGCUUUUUCAUUGCCAGCAGCAGGAUAAUUAGAGGCAUGAAAGCCAGCUUAGAAAAGUAAGCCAUGGCUGAGUGACAGAAGCAGCAUGUGAGAAGGUCCUAAGUAAGCCAGGAUAGCUAUUAAGAUCCUGUCAGAUAAUUAAUAAUUGACCAUAAUUCAUUUUGACAUUCCAUUAAAUUAAUUUUUAAAAAUGAGUACAGUUUAUGAAAUUGUAUAUCUAGGUGAUAAAUGUCUGUAUACAUGGGUGAUCAAAUUUCCUCAGAUUAAUAAAUCUUAAAUAUUUAAUGAAAAACAUUGUGUUAAAUAUAAAAAUGUGAAAUUUAUGAAAGGUAAAUAUACUUAGGUCAAUAUCAUAUUAUUUUGAGUAAUCUUACUUGUAAAUGUAUUCCUUCAAGAAUGUUCUGUAUAGUUAUUUUUUCAUUGCUUCAUUCAUUCCUUUAUUCAGUACACAUAAUUGAGCUCCUAAAAUGUGACAGACUCUACACAAGAUUAUGGGAAUAAAGAUUGAAUAGGACACAGUACCUGCUCAGCGUGCCCAUAUUCCAGAAGGGGAAGAUAGACAUGUCAACAAAUACAUGAAACCUUUCUUGAAUCCUUUCAUUAAAGUUCAGUGGGAGAACCAAGGGAAAGAAUGGUCAUUUCCACUGGGAUGGGGAGGACGAAGUUCAAAAAGGACUUCAAAGAGAAGUUGAGCCUUGAGUUGAGCAUUGAAAAUUAUAAAUGUUUAUCAGGUGGAUUAUAGGAUGAAGGGUAUGAUAAGUAGACAGAACAUUGUUAAGUGAAGAUGCCGAGGAGUGAAACCAUGUAGCAUAUUCAGGAUAAGGAAGUUACCCAUUAUGACUAAAUGAUGGACUGUGGGGUUGGUGAUAAGAAGAGGGGACAUUGUAUAAUGAUAGAUGAGACUGAAGAAAUGGACAGAGGGCCACAUAAUGGAGAAAGUUUGAAUUUUAUCUUUUAGACACGAAGGAGACAUUGUACACUUGGAAAUAAGAGAGAAACAUGAUACAAUUUGGGUUUAAAAGAGGUUGCUUUGGUGGUGAUGUAAAGAUAAAUCAUCAUGGAGCAAGUGUAGUAGAGGCAAGAUCAAUUAUAAGACUCAUGAUAAUUUGGGUGAGGGAUUUUGAGGCUCUGAACCAAGGUAGUAGACGUAGGGAUAGAGAAAAGGGUCUGAAAUGGGAGAAAUUUGAAAAAUUGAGAAGAAUGUAUUUUACUGAUGGCAUGUGUGAAAUGAGGAAAAGGAGGAUUGGGGAUGACACAUUAAGUUUUUACCUUCAAUGUUUUGGUAGAUGGGUUGUAACACCAGUAAUAAGAGUCAGAAAAUGAAUACAGAGGGCAGGAUUAUAUUGGGGAGAGGGAUGGGGACAUAUUGAACUUGGGAUACCCAUGGCAUUUCUGAUAAAUGAUAGCUGAUUGGUUAUUACAUGUGUGGAUCGUCUUUUAUAUCCCAGCCUUGGGGGUCAAGGGACCUUUUCCACAUUUUAUCUUCAUUGUACUCCUCUUUUCUAAGACAACUGUUUGGAAACUAUAGAAACUAAACAUCUGGCAUAACUUACAUAAAUUAAGAAUUCUAUAUACUGAAAGUUCAGCCUUUUUGUUUUGAAAAGAGGAAAGCCAAAGUACUGAUAAGAACAAUGUAACUUUUAAAGAAAGAAAAUAAAAUAAUAAAAUAUCACUUUUAUAAUUUAAGUGUGCGUUCUCUAAGGUAUUGAGUUUUGUAGUUAUGCAAGGUAAUGGAAAGAACAUGUAAAAUAUAGUACCAACAUCUAUUAUGUACUAAGGAAAUGUCAGUUUUAUUCCCCUAGAGUCCUUUAAAAUAGAUAUUUAAAAGUUCAGGUGUAAUUUAGUAGUAAAAUCAUAAACUGAGGGUAAGAAAAAUCUAAAUCCUUUUUUCUAAUACGUUCUAAUACCUCACUUUGGAUAAAUGUUUUAAUAUCUCCAAGUGAUGGUAUAAAAUUGAGAGGGAUGAAUUAGUUAAUGACACUGCGAUCUCUUCUUCCAGCUUUAAAAUCCAAUGCUUCUAUUAUAUUUAAUAUAAUAGUGCUCACAAAAUGUGUGGUCAGGGAAGUGGCAAAUGAUCCUCAGUUGAGCAAAUAAAUACAUAGUAAUAUAUUUAGGGAAAACUUUUGAUCGACAAUUUAAGAACGAUAGUCUCUGACAAGAGUGUCCUUGACAGGCAGGGAGGGAUAGGCUGUGCAUCCCUCCGCUUGCUCUGGAAGGAGAUGGCUCAGCGACUUCUGAGGAGGUUCCUGGCCUCGAACGUCUCCGGGAAGCCCUCUCAUGGUCGGUGGCAACCCGUCCCUUCUGAAACCCUGCAGACCCCACAAUGCAGUCCUGCUGGUCUGACUGUAACACCCAACCCAGCCAAGACAAUAUACACCAUCAGGAUCUCCUCAAUGACCUUUAAUAUCCAGGAUGGACCUGACUUUCAAGACGAAGUGGUCAACAGUGAGAUGCCAGUAGUUCUGGAUUUCCAUGCACAGUGGUGUGGACCCUGCAAGAUCUUGGGGCUGAGGUUAGAGAAGAUGGUGGUCAAGCAGCAUGGGAAAGUAGUGAUGGCCAAGGUGGAUGUUGAUGACCACACAGAACUCGAUAUUGAGUCUGAAGUGUUGGCGGUGCCCACUGUGUUGGCUAUUAAGAAUGGGACAUGGUGGACAAGUUUGUGAGCAUUAAGGAUGAGGAUCAGCUGGUAGACCUUCCUGAAAAAGCUGAUUGGCUGACAAGCAGGGACGAGUUCUGGUUCUCUUCCCUGAGUGGGACCCCAAUAGAACUUAGCCCUUCCGUGCGGGCCCUUCCUGCUGCCUUCCACAUGCCUUUUGUCCCCUCCCUCCAGGGCCUGUGACAGUUCUUCAGGAUGUGUGGAGAGAACCCAGGCCAGCCCACCGCACUCCUGGUCAGGUAGUCACACCUUGGUCCUCAUCUCUGGUCCUUCCAGUCUGAAGCCUCGUGCAUGGCUUGUCUGCCACCUGCAUUUCUCUUUCCUGCUGCUGUUUUGUAAAAAGGAAAAGAAAAAAGCCCAAAUUAGUGAGAGUAAUAUAUAAUUUUAUCAUUUUUGUAGGUCUGUAAUGAAGUUAGUCAUCCCUUCCACCUCCUACUGUGAAAAGUAGACCCUGAGUACCACCCUGAAAUCCCCUGUAGUCACCUAUCCCCACCCCCCAAAGAGCACCCUCCCACCUAGCCUCUCAAGCAAGGGGGCAGAAAAUGAGUGAUGGGCCUAAGAGCCCUGGAGAGCCUUGACUCUGGAAGGCUCCAGGCACCUCCUUCACUCCUUAGCUGGCCCAUUGGUCCUCUGAGCAGGGGCCUUAACUGAACAAAUAAAACCAAUAAAGCAAGGGUCUUGCUAAAACGACAAAUUUAUGAAUCACUGUACUGAUCUUUGAAAAUAUUUUCAUGUUGUACUACAGAUAAAGGAACCAUCAAAAUGUUCACCAUCAGGGUAGAGUGUUAGAAAUAAAAGAUGAAACAUUCUACUCUUAGGUGAAACCAUUAGUGUGCUAUGUGUAGUUGUGGUGUUUUGUGUAUAGCAAAACCAGAGAAAGUUUAGAUCAGGGGCAGCUAAUAGGAGUAAGAGCAUGGGAGGUCUAUAUUGUGUGUGAAUAAACUAAUAUAUAUAUAUAUAUAUAUACGCACACACACACUCAUAUAUAUAUAUGCUAAAGUGUAUAAAAUCAAGAAACAGGAGAACUCAUGGACUAUUCCUCCAAACUUAUAAAAGCUAGUUGUAGAACAAGUAGAAUGAAUUAUAGUGAAAUCUUGAUAUAAACUGGGCUUAGACAAUAAAGGUAUUUAAGUGAUUAGUCAUUUAUGUUUAAAGGUUAAACGUGUUUACAAAUUUAGGUAGUAUUUUUAGCAAUUUAAAAAGCUAGAAAAUUUUAAUGCCUUUUUCUCUUAAUUUUUUUUUGUUUUUAUUUAUUUAUUUUGAAACAGAAUUUCACUGUGUUGCCCAGGCUGGACUCAAACUCCUGGGCUCAGGCAAUCUUCCUGAGUAGCUGGGACUACAGGUGUAUACCACUGAGGCUUGUUUUCAUACUCUUUUUAUAGGUUUUAUAAUCUCUCCAGCCCUCAGCACUUUCCAAAAGAAUCAUCAGUAUUCAUAAGACAGGUCUUUUUUUGAUAAUACUAAGGUUUACUACUAUUAUGCAAAUAAAUUGUUUCCCCUGAUAGGGUGAUAUAGCUUAAAUUGUUUUUGGUUGAUUUCUUUAUUUUAAACUGCUCUAAUUAUUCAUUUAUUUUAUUUUUAUUUCCUAACCAAUGAAAUAGGGAGUAAAGAGUUGUCUUCAUGUAGCUCAUAGUCUGGUAAAAGAUUUAGGCAGGUAAAAGCAUAAUUAUGAGAAGGUUGUAGGAGGUGGAUUAUAGGAUGUGUUUUUUUGUAAUGUAAAUUAGAUUCAGUAAUGCUGUGUAUCUAUGCAGAAAAUUUUCCGAAUCAAAUUUGGGAUUCUUAUAAGAGAGAAAUGCACUAGUUGAAUUGUUACACUAGCAUAAUUGAAAUUAGUUGUGCCUUAGAAAAUCCAAUGUAGAUGCCUUAUCUUUUAUGUGGCCUGGUGUAACAAGGUAUGAAGUCCCAGGCUCUGUGGCCAUAAUUUAAUGUUAUAUUUACUGUUGUCUUCUAUUCAUAUGUUGACUUUUCAGAGGUAUCUGAAACUUGUUUUGUUGUAAGACAACUGUGGAAUCUAAACCUUUAAGUCUGUGACAAACCGGUUUUCUUGAUCUGGACUUUGUUCUUUGAAAAUUAAAGAGACUGUUCUUGUUAUCUUAUUAGAGUCCUAUUUAGUAAAAUAAAUAUUCCAUUUCUAUACUGUAUUCUUCUUAAGUAGAAGACCAUAUAGUAUCAGCCAGCCAUUGUAUGUGAGCCACAAACUUGAGAGAACAUGUUGGUACAGGUAAUUUGCACCUUACCUGGGCCUGUCAACUAGAGCACCUACACAUGACCUCUACAUGUGGCUUGGGCCUCAUAACAUGGUGACUAAGUUCCAAGAAGGAGGGAGAGAGCCAGGUAGAAGCUGUAUCACCUUUUAUGACCUAGCCUCCAAAGUCAGGCAGCAUCACUUCAGGUGCAUUCUGUUCAUUAAGUGAAUCACUUAAAUGACUGUAUCAAGGGAAGGUAAAUUAGAUUUUUCCCUUUGAUAUAAGGAUUUAGAAAAAUUUGGGGACCACAUUUCACAUCUUUUUCUGCAAAGCCAGUCCCUCCACUAUUACUUUGGAUCCCAGCCCCUCCUGUUUUCCCCGGAGUCUUAUGUAUUCUUGUCUUUUAUAUCUAUAAUAAUAUGUCUUCUCAUUUAUUUAAAAAAUGUGUACCUCUUUCCUCUUCACUUUCAGUGUUCUCUUUGACCCUACUUUCUCUUUCCCUUUCUCAUCUCUCAUGUACUAAAGUGAACUGGCCUAAGAUUUGCAGUAUAUGUGGUCAAAUCAGUUGAUUUUGGUGGCCAGGCAGGUAACUUUAAUGUGUCUUAGGUAAAACCUGAGAUGAGAAGAAAGAAAAAAGAGAAAAGUGUUCUUUUUCUCUUCUUGCUAUGUUAUAGUUACUUACAAUCAAGAUACAGAAAACUUAAAUUUAAUGUAGCUCACCUGUUAGAAUAUGACUUGGUUGAAUGUUAUGGUCUGCAUAUGAAUGUUUAAGUAUUAACAUGAAGUUAUAUGAGGUAUGUAACCACAUAAAAAAGGUCAAACUGGGUUACAUGCACAACCUGGCUUAAAAUAUAAGAACCUAUUCUCUAAAUACCUUUAGAAUCUUUGACCUAACAAUUUUUUUGUUCUUGAUUAGAUUUAACUUUCUUGUUUUUUGGUUUUUGCUGUUCUUUUGAGACAGGGUCUCACUCUGUUGCCCAGUGCAGUGAUGCAAUCAUGACUCCCUGCAACUUCUGCCUCUUGGGCUCAGAUGAUCCUUCCACCUCACCCUCCUGAGUAGCUGGGACUAUAGGCAUGCGCUGCCAUGCCUAGCUAAUUUUUGUAUUUUUAGGAGAGAUGGGGUUUUGCCAUGUUGGCCGAGUUGGUCUUGAACUCCUGGCUUCCAGCGAUCCACCCACCUCAGCCUUCCAAAGUGCUGGGAUUACAGGCAUAAGCCACCACAACCUUGUUCUAUUACUCACACAGGUUUAGCAUGAGAAGCAAACAUGUUAAUGACUUCUUAUCUUUAAUCUUUAUUGUACUCAAAGGCAUCAGUGACCCAAAAAUCUUCAAAUGUUUUUUCCCAGUGAUUUCUAUGACAAUAACAAUGGGAGCUGUAACUUUUUUGGUUUGUUAUGAUUGGUUUUUGUUUUGAUCUACUUUAUAAUAUUCUGUGUAUAGAAUUGCGAAACUAUGUUACAGUAGUACUAUUUUCAAGUAAAAUUCAGUUAAAGUAUAACAUACAUUUCAAAGGUAUUCAAAUCCUAAUUUAUAGGUUGAUUAAUUUGAUAAAGUUAACACCUGUGUGAAUUAUCACCCAUACCAAGAGAUAUUAUUGAAACCCCAGAAGCUUCCCUCCUGCCUCUACCCAAUUAUUACUAGACUUAAAAUGUGGCAUACUGCAUCAUGUUUUCCUUUGUGACUGCCUUCUUUCACUCAUGUAUUUGUGACACUUAUUCAUGUUUUUGUUAUAGCAGUGGUUUAUUAAUUUUCACAGAUCUAUAUCACUGUAUAAAAAUAUAGCAAAACCUAUCUUUUCUAUGACUGAUGUAAAUUUGGGUUGUUUCCAGUUUGGGGUAUGAAUAAUGCUUUGAACUCACUUGUACGUGAUUUUUGGUAAAUACAUAUAUGCUUUAAUGAAUAUGUAUUUGAUGAAUGUAUUAUAUAUAUACUGAUAUGCAUACAUGCAUAUAUACAUGGAUGUGUGUCUUUGUAUGUGCAUGAGAGAGAAUGAUAUUGAAUUAAUUACUGGAUUUCUGGGUCACAGAUCAUGUGGUUCUGGUAAAUACCGCCAAAUAAAUUUUCAGAUUGGUUGAAACUAUUUCUAACCAGCAGUGCAUAGGGUUUUAGUCACUCCACAUCUUUUUCAAACUUGAUGUUUUUCAUAUUUCUAGUUAUACGUAUUCUGGUGAACAUAUCCUGGUUAUAAUUUGUACAUUCCUGAUGACUGAUAGUGUUGAUUACUUUCAUGUCUGUAUUGGUCAUUUGGAUAUGCUCUUUUCAUAUAAUUUUUUUCAGGUAGUUCCCCAUCCCUUUUUUUGGGUGUUUUGUUUAUAAAUUGAUUUAUAGAGUUAUUUAACUCUAUAAAAAUUGAUUUAUAGAGUUAUUUAACAUGGGUACAGGAUUUCUUUCCCCAGACAUAUGUACUACAGAUGUCUUCUUCCAUUUCAUAGCUUGCCUUUUCACUUUCUUAACAAUGUCUCCUUCAUACUGUUUAAUAUUUUCAAAUUUAAAAAUAAUUUACAAAUAAUUUCCUUUAUGAUUUUUGUUUUAUUUGGCCUUUGGUCUUCUUUAAGAAGUUCUCACUACCCUAGAGUUACAGAUAUUUUCCUAUAUUAGGUUUAGAAGCUUUGUUUUACUUUUUAUAUUUAGAACUAGUCUAUCAAGUGUGUAUGUCUCUGUGUCUGUCUCACUCUCUCUGUGUAUGUGUUUGUGUGUGUGCAUGUGUGUGUGUGUAUAUGUGUCAUGAGGUAGGAGUCAUUUUUUAAUAUCAGUAUUUGACAUAUUAUUUUAAAAGGAAAAAGAAAUCAUCCCUUCCCCAAAGCAUUGUAAUGACAUUUUUGUUAUCAAAGGCUGAAUACAUUUGGUUUACUUCUUUUCUGUUCCAUUGGUAUUGUCUGUUUUAGUGUCAGUACAAAACUGCAUGAAUUCAUGUAACUUUACAAUGGAAGUCAUCAUAGUCAGUAGUAUAAAUCCUAAAACUUCAUCCUUCACAAUAAUUUUAAAUAUUCUUUCUUUUUGAAUUUCCUUUAAGAAUUUUAAGUCAGCUUGUCAAUUUCCACAUACAUAGUUACAUACACUAACCUUGUAGGAAUCCUAAUUAAGAUUGCAUUGAAUCUAAUUAGUAGUUUGAGAAGUAGUUUGAAUCUAAUUAGUAGUUUGAGAAGAAUUUUUAUUUCUAUGAUAUUGAAUUUUUAGUCCAUGAAAAGUAUC